AUGCAGAUCAAACCACUUCUGACAUCGGCUCUCGUAGCCUUGUCAUUAGGCGCCGAUACUGUUGUCGCGUCCAAACAUGGCCGCUUCGCACAGCUGUCUCGUGCCCCAAUGGAGAAGGCCAAAAGGGCUGUCCAGGCAACCGUGGAACAUGUGGCCCGAUCCGCCAAAAAGUUUCGCUUCUUGAGCAGCAAGUCUAAGCCAUACAUGGUUGACAGUCUUCCCGAGGUCAACUUCGAUAUUGGUGAGAUGUACUCGGGCUUGGUGCCAAUUGAGAAGGAUGAUCCCGAACGUGCACUGUUCUGGAUUUUCCAGCCCACAAUUGGUGAACCUGUUGAUGAGAUCACGAUCUGGCUGAAUGGCGGUCCUGGCUGCAGUUCCAUGGAAGGCUUUUUGCAGGAGAAUGGUCGUUUCGUCUGGCCGCCCGGUACCUAUGCUCCCGUCGAGAACGAGUAUUCCUGGGUGAACCUGACCAACAUGCUAUGGGUUGACCAACCAGUCGGAACUGGGUUCUCCACCGGCACACCGACAGCUAAGUCCGAGGAAGAAAUUGCCCAAGACUUUGUCAAGUUCUUCAAGAACUGGCAGGAGAUCUUCGGAAUCAAGAACUACAAGAUCUACGUCACCGGCGAGAGUUACGCUGGUCGCUACGUGCCGUACAUCUCGGCCGCCAUCCUAGACGAGAAGAACAAGGAACACUUCGACUUGCACGGUGCCUUGGCUUAUGACCCCUGCAUUGGCCAAUUCGACUGGGUUCAAGAGGAAGCUCCAGCUGUGCCCCUCGUGCAAGCCAACGCAAACCUAUUCGGUUUCAACGACACUUUCAUGGCCGAGCUUGAUAGACUGCACAAGAAGUGUGGGUACGCAGAUUUCAUCGACAAGUACUUGACCUUCCCCCCACCCGAGCACCAGCCACCGAAGUUCUUCAACUACACCGCCGAUGCCGAUUGCGACCUCUUCGACCUGAUCUACGAAGAAGCAUUCGCGGUUAACCCCUGUUUCGAUCUGUACGAGAUCCCAACCAUGUGCCCCCUCUUGUGGGAUGUGCUAGCAUUCCCCGGCUCCCUCGGAUACCUUCCCGAAGGAGCAGAGGUCUACUUCGACCGCGCAGAUGUCAAGAAGGCCCUCCACGCCCCCAACAUUACCUGGUCAGAGUGCUCCGAUGAAUCUGUCUUCGUGGGCGGCGGAGCCGGACCCGAGCAAGAGGGAGAUAUCUCCGCAAACCCGAUCGAGAAGGUCUUGCCGCAGGUUAUCGAAGCGACUAACCGCGUCCUUAUCGCCAACGGUGACUUCGACAUGGUUAUCAUCACGAACGGAACCCUCCUCUCUAUCCAGAACAUGACCUGGAACGGUCAACUUGGCUUCCAGAAGAAACCCGAGACCCCUGUCAACAUCAAGUUGACUGAUCUACAGUACGCGAGUGUUUUCGCUGAGAACGGUAUGACCGGUCUUGAUGGUGCUCAGGGUAUUAUGGGUAUUCAGCAUCAUGAGCGUGGUUUGAUGUGGGUUGAGACUUUCCAGUCUGGUCAUAUGGAGCCUCAAUACCAGCCUCGCUCGUCUUACCGUCACCUCCAGUGGCUGCUUGGCCACACCGAGGAGAUUUAG